UGGAGCAGCUCGAGGCCAUUCCCCUUUGUCCUGUCCCCCGUCACUUGGGAGAAGAGGCCAGCUCCCUCCUCUCUACAACCUCCUUUCAGGUAGUUGUAGAGAGCAAUAAGGUCUCCCCUCAGCCUCCUCUUCUCCAGGCUAAACAACCCCAAUUCCCUCAGCAGCUCCCUGUGAGACUUGUUCUGCAGCCCCUCACCCGUCCCAGUCCCGCACCGUUGCUCUUUCACCUCAGGGGCUGUACCGGCAACAGCCUUCAAAACGCAACAGCUUGCUCAACAGCCGUUAAAGCGAGGGAGGACUUGGCUUUAAAAAUGGGUCACUUCCUUCUGCUCUGCCGUCACUUAAGCAAACUGGAAUGAGGGAUGAGGAAAAGAAAAAGAAAACACAAUAGUAGCAUUCCCAGAGCUGACCCCUUGCUCUUUUCCAAGGACUGCACCGAGAGCAGACCCGUAAGAAAACUGUCCUCGAGCAAUCCCUGUUUCUCACUGUGUCCUCCAGAUGACUUCCAGAGUUGCAUUGUGUUGAUGGUUGAACUGGAUGAUCAUAGGGUCCAACCUUAACAACUCUACGAUUGGUUUGGCUCCCAAAGGCUUUAAAAUGGUCGGUGUAGCAUCAGCCUGGACUCCGAAAUCCACGGAUGUGAAAGGACCAGUCCUUAGCCGUUGCGUAACUCUCUGAAGCCUUUUGUCUGUCCGAGGUUUGAGGCAGAAAUGCAGGCCAGCCAGGGCUCCGUGGCGUCGGUGAUGCCUUUGAUGCUGCUGCAGGCACUGAACCCUCAAGAGGCAGAGGGAGCGCGACGCUGCGAGGCUGUUGAGUCAGGGAGUUCUUGAUGCUGCAGAAAAUGGUUGGCGAGCACCACUCGUGUCGCUGUUGGGGUUGGCUUGUCCAUGUUAGUGUAUGUCCUGGUGGCUUCUGGCUGUGCCACACGAUAGCGCCUUGCUGUCAGGAACACCCUUAGAAUCUUUGCUGGUGUUCUCAGCGCCGUCAGGAAAACAGUGGUGUGUUCUUUUCAGACCUGUCCCUUGCAAUGCGGUUUUCCUGCUGCGCGCAGCCACGCGGGGAGCAGAGGCAGUGUCCCACAGUUGGGGAGGGAUUGCAGCGAAGGCGAGCGUGGCAGGUUGAGCGCUCCGGGUAGCAGCUAAGCCCCCAGCCAGUCCUUGCUCCCUCCCUCCCUCCCUCCGCAGUGGGGUGGGGGAGAAAAUGGGAAGGGCAAAAGCAACGAAAGAACGCCUACAAGUUUCCGGGCUGAGAUAAAGACAGUUUAAUAAGCGCAGAAGGAACGGAGCGAUGGGCAAGCAGUCAGCAGCCUGGCGGGUCCGUGAGCAGUGACUCCUCUGGGAGACUCUCCCUGGUCCUCGAUGCUGUGCAAGCACUGCCCAGCGCUAGCUGAAACGUCCGUGUGUUCCCAGCCGUCCUUUGGUCGCUAGUCUGAAGCACAGGACCAUGUGGGCCGUGAGCUGCACCUUCAGAUGCGCCGGAGAAGAUCAUUCCAUGCCUAGGAAAAGACUGCAAGUGGUGAAAGAGGGAAUUGCCUUGGAAGUGGUGGCUGAGAUGGACAGGAAGCAGAGUUGAAGGUGGUAGGAGAUGCUGCUUCAGUCCCAAAAUGCUCAUGGCUGCGGACAGAGAGUGACGCUGAGGAGAGAAAUGUUCCCUCAGCCAAGCCUGGGAGAAAGAGCCACAUCCCGGCCAUUGCGCUGCCACCUCCCAAAAGCGCGGCGCUCCAGCGAGGAGGCACGUGUGGUCUGCAGCGGCCAGUUGGUGCAGGUGCCUGUGCUGGUGAGGGAAAUGUACAGCUGGCUGCAGCGGAACGUGGAUGCGCCUGCCAAGAACGGGCUGGACGAGAGGCUUCUGGAGCUGGUGCGCUGGAAGCAGCAUGAUGUGGUGGUGACCCUCCUGCGCUGUGCCCCGUCGUGUGACAGGGCUGCUGUGACCAUGUGGAGGGCGCUGGUGUCUGAGCGCAGCUGUGCCGAGCGAGUGCUGUGGGAGCUGCUGGGUGUGCUGGAGGAUUGGCCGCUGCACAGCACAUCCACCUCCGACGGGGACGAGACGGAGGUCGUCGUUCUGGCUGCAACCAGGGCACUGAGGGAGAUCCUCUGUGAGCGCCAGGUCCCAAAGGUGUUGAAUCAGCAUUUUCCGCCCCUCUUCCUGGCUCUGCUCUUUCAAGUGUACUGCACCAUAAAGGAGGAGGCAGAGGAGGUCGAUGCGUGCUGGAGGAAAUACGUCGAGCAAGUCAGCCUUCCCACCAGCCCUAGCAGAUUCAUGGUGCAGACGGUGAAAGCGCUGCUCUGCUGUUUGGGCUAUGAGGAUGUGGUGUUUAGAGUGGAGCACAAGCAUGGCUGGGACACUCUGCUGCACGCCAAGAGCCACCCCUACGCGAUGGGUCUGCUGGCCAGAGAGAUGUGCAUGGUGAAGGAUUAUUUCUGUCACUGCGUGGCGCUCCAGCUUUUGGAUGUGCUGAACCUGGACGGGCCGUGCCUGCAGGUCCCUGCCAUGGCGUUCUUUGUCAAGCUCCUGGCCUGCCCUGACGUGGUGGAAUUGCACGAGCGUGCCCUGAAGCUCUUCCCGAUGUUCGUGCUCAGCCCGCGCAUUGAGAUGCGUCGCCUGGUGCUGCAAGGGCUCUUCACCCUGAGCCAAAGACCUGAGAUGGCUGAAAGAAUGGGGUUCUUGCUGCCGAAACUCCUGGAGGUCCUGGACGACGCAGAUACGGAGGUGGUCGAGAUGACCCUCUCUGUGCUUGGCAAGAUGCUGGAGCAGAGGGACGUGGCAAUUGCUGGCCCUGUCGUCGUGCAGCUGUCUGAGAAGCUGCAGCCGCUCUUUGACAACGUAAGGCUUUGUGCCCCCCAGCACGAGCACUGGAUGCUGCCAGGAAACUUUGCGCCCUGUAGCUUUUCAGCCCGUGCCCGGGCGGGCCUGAGGCAGCCGGUGCUGAGCUCUUGCCCUCUUCCUUGCCAACAGGAGUCCGCCUCCAUCAAAGUUCUCUCCUUCAAACUCUUCCGGGACGUGAUGGAGCUUUUAGUGGCAGUGGACAGGAAGGCAACAAAGAGACAGGUGCGCCGGAACCUGCUGCCGCUGCUCUUCCACGUCUAUGAUGAGAACCAGCCUGUGGCAGAGGCCUCCCGGGAAACCCUGCUUCAAGCCACCGAGCUGCUGAAGCUGAGGAAGCUGAGGAAGAAGCUGAAGAGCGGGCAGAUCUACAAGUUGGGCAAGUGCCUGCUGGCAGAGGACAGGAGCAGAAGAGAAGAUUACCUGUACCAGGCCCUGCCGUACCUGCAGAGCCCCCAGGAGUCCCUGCGAGAGGCGGCCGUCGUGUUUUUUGGUGAGCCACAAGCCCCGGGGGUCCCUCCCUGCCCCGCUGCAGCUUGGCCCCCGCCGCGGCGGCAGCACCGGCACCAGGAACGGGCCCUGUGUCUGCGGAGCCCCGAGCCCGUGACGAUGCGGGGCCCGCAGGGCUCCCUGCCACCCGCUCUCUCCCUCGCCCGUGGGCGGCACGAGGCGGGAACGUGGGCUGAGCCGUGCCGAGGGCAGGAGGGUGUGGAGCUGGGCUGGUGUGGGGCAGCUGUGCUGCUGGGGGCGACGGCAUUUGGGAUGGGCUCUGUGUUCCUAGGGCACCUUGGUCGGAGCGUGAGGGGACAGCCGGAAGAGCAGCAGACCAUCUACCAGGGUAGGUGAGGGGAGCAGGGCCUGGUGGGGAGGAGGAAGGAAGCUGGGCAGGGAGCUGCAAUCCCUGUCCCGUCUGGGAGGGCUCUGCUCCCUGUGCAGACGAGGGCCGGUGUGGGCAGAGAGAUUUCAGGGGCGCUUGGGGUGCGCGUGGCCAGCAGCAUCCACGUCAUCCCUUUGGCUCUUGCUGCGUUCCGGCCCCUAGAAGAGCUGGGGUGGGUGGCCCUGGCAGGAGGGUUUUCUGGGGGCCCUGCAGAGCCGUGUUCUGAUCUUGACUCUCUCCUUCUCUCUUGC